AUGGGAACCGUGACCAACAUUUUGAAUUUGGAAAGGCCAGAGAAAUACUUGGACAAAUACAUUAUACAUGGAUUUAAUGGGCAUUCAGGUAGUAGAUGGUUGUCAAAUUAUAGAAUCAACAUAAAAGAAGAUGAUAAAUUGACGUCUGCAGAGCCUCCAAGGCUGGUCACAGCUACUCUGUGGAGGGAGGAUCUUCGCCAUAGUGGUCAAAGGUCUCCCAGUGCCCUUUCCUCAGCAUCAUUAUCAUCAUUUUCCUCCUUCAGUUUAAGUCCUUCACCCAACUUCUCAAUUUCGCUUUUAAGGACUUCAUUUACUUAUCUUCAAAUUCUCCAAGCAACAAAUUACUUAAGCAAGUCCAAUCUCAUCAAGCAAGGUCAAUCAGGGAAUCUCUUUUAUGGUGUUUUGGCAGGUGGGACUCAAGUAGUUGUUAAGCAAAUUGAUAUGUCAUUGGUUAAGAAAGAAUUGUAUUUCAUUUCAGAAUUGGUAGUACAUGGGAAGUUAUCUGAUUCUUAUAUGCCUAACAAAGACUUGUCAAGUUGUCUGCCCAUGGAAGUUGUUUCAGAUUAUGAUAAAGCAUUACCAUGGUUGGAUUGGACUGUGAGGUUGAAGAUUGCAAGUGAAGCUGCUGCAGCUCUGUCUUUUCUACAUCACGAAUGUGUUCCAUCCCUUGUUCACAGAGGUAUUCAAUCUAGCAGCAUACUUCUUGAUGACAAGUUUGAAGUGCGAUCAGGAAGCCUUUGUUACAUCUCUGAUGAAGAACAAAGGAUCAGUCAAGAUAAGUUGCACUCUAUAAGAAUCAGUCGGAAAGCGAUUCCCAAGUUCCUGCAGUUCCCAAAGUUAUUAAUGAUGUGA